UGGGUAAUUAAUUGAUCACUUGUCUUUCUUCAUUCUUCUUCUCCGAUCCCAUCGGAUCUCACUUUCUCUACCUCACCGGUAAAAAUGGCGAUGUGGGUAUUCGGGUACGGAUCUUUAAUAUGGAAAACGGGUUUUCCUUUCGACGAAAGCCUCCCUGGUUUCAUCAAAGGCUAUCGCCGUGUCUUCCAUCAAGGUAGUACUGAUCAUAGAGGAACUUUGGAUUUUCCGGGAAGAACUGUGACAUUAGAAGCUGCUCAUGGAGAAGUUUGUUGUGGAGUUGCUUACAAGAUAACCAAAGAGGAAGAUAAAAGAGAUGCUUUAAUGCAUUUGGAAGUGAGGGAGAAGCAAUAUGAUCAGAAAGAGUAUGUUGAUUUCUUCACUGGCUCUAAUGCUUCGGAACCGGCUGUGACUGGAGUAAUGGUGUACAUAGCUUCACCUGACAAGAAGAGCAACAACAACUACUUAGGACCAGCUCCUCUUGAAGAUAUUGCCAAACAGAUAGUUUUAGCGAAAGGACCUUCAGGGCCAAACAGAGACUAUAUCUUCAACCUCGAAGAGGCUCUCGCUCAACUCGGGUUUAAAGAUAAACAUGUCACAGAUCUUGCAAACCAAGUUAGGCGCAUUCUUUCAGAGACCCAGGAGUUAGACAUUGAUGCCACCGCCAACAAUGUCUAGAUUCCCAGCUUCUUUUCGAUUUACCCGAAAGGACAAACCCAAUUGAUAAGAGAUGCAUAUUGCAUCACAAUUCAAUCUGUUAUCACUAUCAAUCAACUCUCUUCUUUAUCAUAUUCGAUCACAUCACAGAGUGGGUAUCAAAUAUAUUCAGUGAUUCAGCAUAUGA